AUGGUGUCUGGAUGGGGUGUGUCCGGGAUCAUUACGAUCCUCAUUGCUGUAGGGCUUGGCUUUGUCUGCGUGAUCACUCCUAUGUGGUUCACGAAUGUCGGGGUCGCGCAACACCACGACGCGAUCAUUCAGAGCGCUGAAACGAGCGUCGGGUUGAUCGGGAUGUGCUUUGACGCGAAAUUCAAGGGUGAAAACAACGACCAGUACAACGUCAAGGACUGCUACCCGUUCUUUGGUGGCGCGGGUGGGUCGUACCGCUACAUCGGGCACACGAGCAAGCCGUCGUUCCAAGAACACAAGUCGGACCUCGCAAUCUGCGCUUACUACUUUGCGAACCAAGAAGGAAACAAUGCCGCCAAGGAGAUCUCCAUCAUGACGGGUAUGGCGUGGGUCGAUGUUGACUUCUUCCUCCAGUCCACGUGCGGCUCCCUUGGCAAAGCGUCGAUCGCUAUGUCGAUCCUGUUCGUUGCGUUGACGUUCCUGACCCUCGUCGCGCUCAUUUGUGUCGUGCUUUGCUGCAAACAGCAAUUGUGGCUCGUCACGUUCUCCCGCGUCUCAUCCACUCUGGCUGCCAUUUGCUCAGGUGUGCUCACGUUUUGCUUGAUGUCCCAAGCGAAGGGCAUCAAGUCUGGCGGCGACGGCGUUGAUAUGCGCUACGGUUUCUGCUUCUACUUUGAGUGGGUUGGCCUCUUCUUCGUGCUUGUCGGCUCGUGGUGCAUUGAAAAGCACGCGUUGUCGCAGAAGACAAAGAAAGUCUUGAGCGAGAAAACGGCCAUAUCGAUGGGAAACAUGGGAGGAGUCGUCGCGGGCGGCAACGGUGCAGUGGCAAGGAGGUCGAUGGGAGGCAAUCAACCGCCACUUCUGUACGGAGAUCCAGCUACGGGUUCCAAUGUUGCUCCAAACCAGUACACACAUGCGCAAAUGCAGGCGCUGUACAUGAAUCGCGGUCGCGCCGACAUGGGAUUCAUCCAAGACCAUAUCAACAGCGUGCUCCAAGCUGCCCCCGAGAUGCAAGAAACAACCACUGUGCGCAAUGAGGUCAAUCUGAAGAAACAAUCGCUGAAGCUCGUGGCACUCGACUCGGCAACGGCGCGACUCGAGUUUGUCUUUGACGCAGGCAAGCCGUGCACAGUGACGCUGUUCUUGGACGCAAUUGAAACGAUCGACGACGAAGGCAAUUCCACGGUCACGAGCCAGAAACCUGCGAACGGUUCGAUGAAAGACUGGGGUGGACAAGUGUUUCCGGCUGGAUUGGGGCAAUCCUUUGCGUCCGUGCCACUGUCGUUGGCCGACUGGACACCGUCCCAGCUUAUCUACGACGGGAAGAGCAGCACGUUCCCCCUCGUCGUGGAGAUCACGGUGGUUGCGGAUGCCUCAGUCGCGUCAAGGACGCAAAAGCAAGCAACAUUUAUCAUGUUCCCACCUGCCACGGGUUCGAGCCCUCCCUUGCGAAAGGUGCAAGUGAUCAAGCAGAAAGUGGAAGUCCUGGGCCAGACUUACGAGCUACAGGAAAUAUACGGCAUGGAAGGCGCGGCAUGUUGUACGACCACAACAAACGACACCAUGGGCAAUGCCACCGCGCCUGCCUUGUCGACUUCAGCUGUAGAAACCGACGUCAUCGACGGCGCCGAGUGCAUCAUUUGCAUGUGCGAGCCUCGCAACACCACCAUCCUACCCUGCCGACACAUGUGCAUUUGCUUGGAGUGUUCGGAAGCGCUCAAGCGACCUGGCAGUACGUGUCCCAUCUGUCGGGGUAAAGUCGAGUCCAUGCUGCAGAUCCGUGUCAACAACUCUGGUCCAGCCGCGGUUGCCGUGAAGUGACCAAACGGGUGACUCUGUCGUGGGGGUAAAUUGGACUAAGAAAAGGGGCUAUCUAUUGCAUGGGA